UCUGUUUUUAGAGAGGAUAGUUACUAAAGAUUUAUCGUACCUAUUGAUAUACCAACCGUAAGAAUUCCCGCAUUCUUUCUUGUUUGUUUGUCCCUCGUAUUCGUUGAGAAAAAACAUAUUACCCCUUCAUUUAACAUUCAUUACAUUUCAUUAUGGGCUCUGAGGCGCGUAUGUUCAGUAUUUCUGCCGAAACAACUGGCUUAAUUGAUCGAUUCCGUCUUCGACUUAAAAAGACUAAUCUCUACGUCUUGCUUUUAAAAAUCAACAAAAAUACUCAAGAGGUUGUUCCUGACGGAGACAUUGAACAGCUGGAAUCUAUUGAGGAGCUUGCUGAUGAGUUGCCAGACACGAAUUUGAGAUACGUGCUCGUAUCGUAUCCUAUGAAGACAAAAGAUGGACGCCUUUCCACUCCUAUGUUCCUAUUGUAUUGGCGCCCCGGAGCUGUUUCUGGUGAAAUGUCUAUGCUUUACGCUUCCGCAAAGGUCUGGUUCCAAAACCAGGCUCAAGUUCAGAAAGUCAUUGAAUUUAACGAACAAGACGAAAUUACCACCGACGCAAUUAUGAAGUUCCUUGAAUAAGUUAUUUCGUACUUGGUCGUUUAUCAUUCAUCUCUCAUAAAUAUCUUUUAGGAUUGAUGUUGGUUUCACUUUGCAAAAGUAUUUAUCGACAACAAUCCUUAUAAUACCAUAAAAUUCCUUUUCUGUUUAGAUGAUAAAAUACCUUUUGGUUCGCCAAGCAGCCUUCUGCGUGAGCUCCAUGGAACGUCGCCAACUAACUUUUGAACGAAGGAGUCAUUUCCACAAAUGAGAAAUAGUACAUCAUCUGGGGACUCGCGUUCCUUGCUGUGAAGUAUGCUUGCGAUGGUGGAAGCCGUUAGUGGGCGAUUUUGAAUGACUUGAACAUCUGCAUUGGAAGAUAAUUGUUCUAGUUCAUCUUUGUAGAAAGGAGGGACAUUGUUUCUCACAAAGUAGAUUACCUCCAAGGGCUUCUUGUAGAAAUGAGCCAGCUGAAGUAUAGGUGCAAUUCCCGUUCCAGCGAUGACAGCAAUGAUGCGAGAGUACUGGUUUAUGUCCACAUUCGUUACUGGAUGGGGACCACGGACUCGAAUCGUGUCUCCAGGUUUCCAGCGUCUAAUAUAAGAACCAAGUGUUCCUUUAUUAUACGUACGAAUGAAGAGUUUUAUAUCGUUUAAGUCACGAGUCAGAGGAGAAAACUCCCGUUCAGCUUGGACGUAUGGAUUGCAAAUGGUAAUAUAGCUCCAAUUAUUUAAUAGACUUUCUCUCUGCAGUGGAACCUUUGGUUUUAAAGAGCAUUUCACCAAGUCAUUAUCCACUAUCUGCAAUUCGUCCAAAAUGAAAUCCGAGUAGUACGUCCUGUUUAGCCUUUGUUUCUGAAGAUUGUAACGGUAAGCUGUGUAUGCAGUUCCGCUGAUUAGGGAAAACGAUAUCCAGAAAUACUUAUUCAUUCUUCAUACCUUAAAGAAACAGAAAAUGACAGAAAAUUUUAACGAUGAGAACUACGUAAAAUAGGAUGGAAUAGCAGUGCAGUAUACACGCAGUUAUGAAGUAGAUCGUCAAAGCAACCACUCUUAAGCACUAACAAAACGAAUCUAUUCAGGAAAAGAAACACGGUUUCUAUAACACUACACGAACAACGAGUUACGGUUGGAAAGGCUUGUUGAUAACCAAAUUGUCACGAUGGGCAACAUACUCAGUUUCGUAGUAACCCAAAAUUGAGCCGAUCUCAGAACUAUUCUUUCCUCUGAUAAGUUCAAUUUCCGUGCUGCUGUAAUUUACGAGAGCACACCCAAUUUCAACACCCUCGUAAACGAGGGAAACAGAUUGAUGAUCGGAGAAAUGGCCCUCAACGCCAAUGACACCUACAGGCAACAAUCCCGCACGAUUCGUGCGGCUGAUCGCAGCAUAUGCACCUUUGUCAAUGAUCAAACGUCCAAAAGGUUUAAGCCCAUGUUUAAGCCAGAAGUGACGGUCACGCAUUCUACUGCCCUUGUUCGCCACGAACCGGGUAUACAACAGACCAGGGUUUUGCUUAUGAGAAGGUUUAUCGGCAUUUCCAAUAUCGUUAAUGAUGUCAAAGACAACAGAUGGUUUUGUGCUCUUGCAGAUAAUAACAUCGACGCCGGCAGAAGUACCGAGUUCUGCAGCAAUCAGCUUCGUCCGCAUACCACCCGUUCCGACACCGCUUCCGGGCGAGGAAACAUCAGCAGUAACUGCUGAAAUGUCAUGGACCAAGGUGACAGGUUUUGCGUUAGGAUCCACGCGGGGGUUUGCAGUGUACAAACACUCAACAUCGGUCAUAAGGAACAGGAAAUCGGCAUUAAUCAUAUUUGCUGUGAUUGCGGAAAGUGUAUCGUUAUCACCAAAACGAAUUUCUUGAACAGAAAGAGUAUCGUUUUCAUUCACGAUGGGAACCACCCCCAUAUGCAUAAGCUCAUGAAGCGUAUUAGCUGCGUUAAGGUAUUGAUUACGCUAAAACGAGUUAGUCGUAAUGAUAAAAAUGGGGAAAGUUGAUGGAAAUGCUUUCGAAUUUAAAAAUCCAUGUUCCACUUUUCAAGACAUACCUCCAUGAUAUCGUUCCGAGUCAGCAGAACCUGAGCUAUAGGUUGUCGCAACUGUGAAAACAGAUUAUCCCAGAGGGAAAUGAGUCGUCCCUGACCAAUUGCAGCAAUAGCCUGCACGGCUGAAAGCUUCUUUGGCCUCUUUGGCAGGUCCAUCCGACGAAGUCCCAUACCAAUACCACCGCUAGAAACAAUGACUACGCUGUGACCUUGUCUUCUAAGCUUGACAACCGUCUCCACAAUCAUUGACAGAUUGCAGAUUAGGGGUUCAUGUGUCUUUUCAUCGCAAAUGGAUGAAGUACCUGUUGCUUGUUAACAUUGUGUUCAAACAACGGAAUAAAAAGCAGAUGGAGAGUAUGAAAACUCAAGAAUGUGUUCACAACCUCCUGCUCCUUGAAGGGUAACAGAAAAGCAUAUUCAAGUUUGAAAAACUACAGACGUGAUGCUUCAGCACAACCCCUUUAAAAAAAAGCGACAUACCAAGCUUGAUAACAAUGACAUGUCCCUUCUGAUCUCCCUUAUUUGUACUAGUAGGCAUUGUCUCUGAGAUCCGUUAAUAUGAGAAGUAACCAAUGUUAACGGUUAAGUCGUAGAAAGCUGUGUGGUGGAUUCCCGAUGAAAAGAAUAUCAAACUCAUUAUUCAACGGGUCUUAAGUUACUGAUCAAAAGAAAGAAACGAGCAUGUGAGAAUCCUUAGAUAGAGAAGAACAAUUUGGGAAUGCCGUAACUACUACAAAAGCUGCAUUCUUAAGAAAUUGAUUAUUGGUAUUAAAAG